UGUUGAAAAGGUUUUGACAUUCUACGACCCUGCUUUCGAAAAUCUUGAUACUUGAUAAUUUUUGUUUUUGUAAUUUUUUUCUCGUUAGCUUGCUUACGUCUUUCACGUUAAUCUUAUUCUUACGGAUACCGUACCUACAUGCUUAUGCAUAAAAAAACUGGUGCUGUUGGAAUCGGAAAAGGACUUUUCUACACAUUUCAUGGAGUUACCAGAGGAGCUAACUGCAGCUGAAAACGAGCUGAAGCAGAUUUAUGCGGAAUACCACACUUUGAAAAAUGAGGAGCAAAAGAAGAAGGAAGCAGCGGAAGCGGCCGCGUCUAAGAAGCGUGUGAGCGAUGUGGUCGCCGAGGAUUCCAGUACUGUUUUGAAAAAACUGAAAAGCUCUGGGCUGUUGGAAAAGCUUCACUCCGAGAGCUCGGCGCCGAAGACGCAGUUCAAACGCGCGGGUAACCUGGAACGGCGUUUACAAAAUCAGAAAACUACUGUUCCACAAACGCUUUCCGAUUCUUCCCAUGUUUCCGGCGACGCUGGUGAUAUUUCCACUAAUUUCGACAGUCGACACGGAAUACCACCUGAAUCGAAUUCGAGACCACCCCUCUCCGGAUUUUCUGCGCGCAUUCCCAAGAAAGAAUCCUUCAGUCCACCCAAACCGCGAAGUUUCUAUGAUUCUUCCUUUUCUUCCAGUUCGAACUCUUCCGUCGAUAAAGCGGCGAGUGAUCGUUCGGAACCGAAUCGGGAAAGAGCUCGCGAAAUGCCUCGGGACGGAAACGGUUAUCGUCCGCGCGGAUGGAAUAAUAAUGGUGGGGGAGGAUUUCGACAGAAGAUGGUUUACGUCGAAGCGGAUAGGGUGGAUGAAGGUUUCAUGCGGCCUUUGUUCGAAAAAUUCGGUCCAUUAAUGAGAGUAACAUCUGUACCACAAGCAAGACAAGCUUUUGUGUUAUUCAAAGUAUGGGAGGAUUCACAGAGAGCAAUACAGGAAAUGAAUAACAAAGUUGUGGACGGUGUGACACUACACGUUACUCUGGCGCCGGAUCGCCGACGACCCGACCAUACUUCUCCUGGAAUUCCGCGACGCACAUUUUCUGAAGCCGGUUCGGCUUCCGAAGCAAAACCCGAUCACAGGGAAUUGGUUACAUACGAAGAAGGAGAAAUUGUUUGAUGCCGUUGUGCUUUGAAGGACAUCGCAAAGAGUUAAACUGUCGUGAUACACUUCAAUGUGAGCCUUAUGACGAAUUUUGUGUUGGGUUGGUGAAUCUCGUCUACGUCUCUGUUGUGCUAAGUAUUACAUUGUUUUGCAGUUACUCAUACUCUAAAUUUCGCAUUUGUAAAUGCUGAGCCUAUAUCGUUGUUCCGGUUUUGUUUUAUUGCUGAUAUUAAAUAAACGAUAAGAAGCGUACUAAGUGCUUAAUCAUGCUGCAUAUCCAAGUGGCUUGCUCCCAUGAAAAGUCUGGAUAAGAUUGCUUGUGGAUAGUUUUUCGACACUGGUGAUAUCAGUUCUCAGAAACCGAUAAAACGAAACAAUGUUCCUGUUGGAUUUCGAUUCAAUAGCAGAAAUAUAGUGAAAUCAGAAGC